GUCAUCUUUUAGAGAGAGGCUGCUACUUCAGUACGUCCGACUGAGAGCUGGGCGCAACUUUGGAGAGAAGAUCGUCGGAGGUUACAUCGACUUGAGCAGAGACUGAGGCCCGUUGAUCAACCAGAAAAGCGUUGCAAAAAAGAUCUAAGCGAAGAAAAACUUGAAGAAUGUUUUCUCUGUCUGAUGUUCCUUCAACAACUGCAAUUUUAUCAACAUACACUUCUUUCACUGCUUCAGCUUACCUGAUCAGAACAAUUCUCAGUGAGUUCAAAUCAUUGGCCAACCAGCUCUUGCCCGUAGACCUCUUGGAAAAGCUACUUUCAAAAUUCGGAGUCCUAAUUUGGAACUUCUCCUCCCAAACAACUCUUGUCAUUGAUGAACAGAACAGCUAUACCGCAAAUGAAAUCUUCGAAGCCGCUGAAAUUUAUCUCCAAACGAAGCUGAAGCCCGCGGAAGGACGGCUCAAAAUCUCAAAGGCGCCCACCGACAAAAGCAUCUCGUUCAUCAUUAGCACAGAUGAGAAGAUUGUCGACUCGUUUGGUGGCGUGGAAUUAGUCUGGGAAUUGAGAGUCACUUCCAGUUCUUCCUCAGACAGUAGUACGGAAAAGAGAUCGUUUGAACUCUCCUUCGACAAGAAAUUCAGUGAAAUUGUUAUCAGCAAAUAUAUACCGUUCAUUCUGGAAAGAGCGAAGGCCAUAGAAGAAGAAAACCAGUGCGUAACGCUGAAGGCGAUAGGCCAUUACAGCAACGAGAUUAAUCUGGAGCAUCCGUCCACUUUUGAGACCCUAGCGAUGGAUCCUGAACUGAAGAAGGAAAUCAUCGAAGAUUUGGAUAGAUUUGUUAGCCUGAGAGAUUAUUACAGGAGAGUUGGGAAGGCGUGGAAGAGAGGGUACUUAUUGUAUGGACCUCCCGGAACGGGGAAGUCGAGUCUGAUAGCAGCCAUGGCCAAUUAUCUGAAAUUCAGCAUCUAUGAACUGGAUCUCUCUAGCUUACGGAGCAACUCAAGUCUCCAAAAGCUGCUUCCCACUACUAAAAACAGAUCCAUCCUUGUGGUUGAGGAUAUUGAUUGCAGCAUUGAUUUGCAGAACAGAAAUAAUGGAGAUUACAGCAACCAGAAUAAUAAUCAGGUAACGCUAUCUGGUUUAUUGAACUUCAUUGAUGGAUUAUGGUCAUGUUGUGGGGAUGAAAGGAUCAUUGUGUUGACAACUAACUACAAGGACAGGUUAGACCCAGCACUACUUAGGCCAGGAAGAAUGGACAUGCACAUCCUCAUGUCAUAUUGCACACCAGCUGGGUUUCGGGUUCUUGCGUCGAACUACCAUGGCCUGAAAGAUCACCCCAAGUUCACAGAGAUCGACAAACUCCUAACAGAGGUGAAUGUGACACCCGCCGAGAUUGCAGAAGAGCUGAUGAAGAGUGAUCAGGCAGAUGUUGCCCUGGAUGGACUCAUUAAGCUUAUGAAAAAGAAAGAAAGUGCAUGUGAUGAUUUGAAGGUGGGAGGAGAUAUUGUUACCGGUAAUCAGACUGAUAUAUUGGUAGAGAAUAGAGCGGUGGCAGAUGAAGAGGGAUGAAUGGAAGGAAGUAAAAGUGGGUUUGUAGAGUAGCACCCCAACAAUGGCAGAUGAAGAGGGAUGAAUGGAAGGAAGUAAAAGUGGGUUUGUAGAGUAGCACCCCAACAAUUCGGAGUCGAUAUUGAUUAGCAUUUAGCUUGAUUUUAUUAUAUUUAUUUGAUUUGUUCUCAUGUAAUCCUAGAAUGCAGUUUCUCUCAAGAUUAUUCUAUUCCUAAAAAUAUUGCUGGGAUUAAUUGUUCUAGAACAUAAUCUCUC